AUGUCGGAGCCAUCAUCAAACUCCAACCUCAAUGCCAGCUUCAAAGCGUCAACGCCCUCGCUUCCUGCCCCCGUAACGACAACACAACUCCAACCCCCUCCAUCGCCGCGCACUCAUCGCGCCCUUCGUCGUCUUCAAUCCGCACAUACUCUCGGCGCCCGCGCCCGCGAACAGGCCACGCCCUCCCUCAUUUCUCAGCAGCGACAGCGCGAUGACCAUCGCACAACCAACUCCAAUGGCCCUACCUCGCCUGCAAAGCCCUCGCCAGCGCCUCCUCCUCUUUCGAAUCAAAACGCUCAUCGCUCACCCCAGAGAGGUCGUGCCAACAGCGAUGCCACUCCACCCCUCGUCCACCAGAUGAAUGUCGUUACAGCCAGCAAACGUGCCGGGAGUAAGAAGCCCGUCUUUUCGCAUGGCCAUUUGCCGUUACAUCAGAUUAUACGCGAGGGACCGACUGAUGGUGAUUUCUUGGGCGCUUUGGAGAGUGCGCGCUGGAAGGUUAUUGACGAAGGUGUCAAGAGUGCUGAAGAUGGCAUGUCAACUUUGAGAAUAUACGUCUGGCUUGUCCUCCUCGAUGCCCCUAUCCUAUCAACCGACGAUUAUCUCGCCCUCAUCCAUCGAGGCGCUUCUCCAGCCUACUCCAAGAUCCGCAACGACACAUUUCGCACUCUUACGACCGAUCCUCUCUUCCGGCGCCGUGUUAGCGAGGCCAGUCUUAUUCGACUCCUCAACGCAAUCGCAUGGAAGCUCCACGAUACCCGCGAGGAAACCCGCCAGAGCCGUCCUACCAGCAGCCGCGCUUCACUUCCAGGAGGUAGCAGCAUCUCGGGCCGUUCCCACUCAAACGCAAGCACAUCCUCUCCUACAGCCCGUAACCGAGCUCGUGCCUUGACGCUUACGACCGAAGGCUCUGAAUCUGGCGCUGGCGCUACAAGACUGGAGCCCGGCACGUACGUCCAGGGCAUGAACGUCUUGGCAGCUCCUUUCCUCUAUGCAGCUCGCAGUGAGGCAGAAGCUUUUGUGGCUUUCCAUUCAUUGUUAACGCGCGAGUGUCCCGGCUAUAUCCGUGGUGCUAUGGAUGGCGUCCAUCGAGGUCUCGCUCUGGUAGAUAAAGUACUUGCCAUUGUAGACCCUAAGCUGAGCAUGUAUCUCACUGCAAAAGGGCUGUCGGCCGAGAUCUACGCUUUCCCCUCUGUCCUGACGUUAUGCGCCUGUACACCACCUCUACCCGAAGUCCUGCGAUUAUGGGACUUUUUGUUUGCCUAUGGGCCGCAUCUCAACAUUGUCUGCAUCGUGGCACAACUCACGAUUAUGCGAUCGCAGAUUUUGCAAUCUCCCAGCCCGAACAAAGUCUUGAGAUCAUUCCCUCAACUAAAUGCGGAUCUCGUCAAAUCCGUCACUAUUGGUAUUAUCAAGAAGAUUCCAGAUGAUGUUUAUGCCGAGAUCGUGUCUCACGCUCUCUAA